GACGCCCUUAGCACCAUGCAACCACAGACUCUCCUGGUACUCCUCCUGACGACGGCCGCCCUCGCCCGCCCUGACUACGCCUACGACGCCCCGUCUUCACCUCCGGAUCUGUACGGCGUCCCUGCCUAUCCCACCACGCCCUCACCUCUGUACGGCGCACCUGUGCAUUCCACUACACCGUCACAUCUGUACGACACUCCUGCACACACCGCCACUCAGCGUCCUCUCCACCGGGCUUCAUCCCGGACCUCUUCCUCAUUCAACGCUGCCGCCCUCACCUCAUCCUCACCUGGCGCCGCCUCCUUCCCCUCCGCCUCUUCCAACACUGCUCCCUCACGCAGAUUCAGGCCAUCCCGCCCCUCCUCCUCCAGCAGCUCUCCCUCCCGGGCCUCCAGGCCGUCCCGUCCCUCCUCCUCCUCCUCCUCCCAGGACACCGGCUACUCCUACAAUGCCCCCUCAGAUGCCGGCUACUCCUACACGGAGCCCCGCCAGGGCCCCGCACAGUACGACACCCAGUAUGUCGUCAGUGACGCCGAGUUCGGCACCAACUUCGGGCAGCAGGAGAGCCGCGACGGGGACGAUGUGAGCGGCACCUACUACGUGCAGCUUCCCGACGGCCGCCUGCAGGUGGUCACCUACACCGUCAGCGCCGAGACCGGCUACGUGGCCGAGGUCACCUAUGAGGGGCAGACAACCACGGCGGCCCCGACCUACGCCGCCCCCCCUUCCACCUACGGCCAGCCCUCCUCAGACUACGGCGUCCCGUCCUCAGACUACGGCGUGCCCUCCUCGGGCUGAGACUCAACUAUUUAUUCAGGCAUGAACGGCGCCACUAUUUAUGUGUACAGUGUAUUAGUUCCUCAGUCCAUCGAAGAUAAUAAAG